CACAGACACGCACCGACUCCUCGUGGCUGAGCCCGGCCCGAGCAUCAGACCUCUUCCCCGGACAAAGAGAGGAGCGGCAGCCCGGCGACGGGAAGCUUCGAGGGAGAAGAAGAAGAAGAAGAAGAAGAAGGAAAAGGAGGAAACAAGUCAGCAGCGAUGUCUGGAGUCAAGAAGAGAAACUCCAACUCGUCGGCGGACCCCGAGGAGGAUAAGCAGGUCACCGAGAGGAUGCUGGACAAGCCGGGCUCCAGCCCCGGCGGAGGAGACGCCAAGAGUCCGGCGGGGGAGGACGGGGUGGCCCUGAAGAGGACCAUCACCCUGGUGAACGGCGUGGCCAUCAUCGUGGGCACCAUCAUCGGCUCGGGCAUCUUCGUCACCCCGACCGGCGUGAUCAAGGAGGCCGGCUCGGUGGGGCUGUCCCUGAUCGUGUGGGCGGUGUGCGGGGUGUUCUCCACGGUGGGCGCGCUGUGCUACGCGGAGCUGGGCACCACCAUCACCAAGUCCGGCGGGGACUAUGCCUACAUCCUGGAGGUGUACGGCUCGCUGCCGGCGUUCCUCAAACUCUGGAUCGAGCUGCUCAUCAUCCGGCCGUCCUCGCAGUACAUCGUCGCCUACGUGUUCGCCACCUACCUCCUGAAGCCGCUGUUCCCGGUGUGUCCGGUGCCGGAGAACGGGGCCAAGCUGGUGGCCUGCCUCUGUAUCCUCCUGCUGACCUUCGUGAACUGCUACAGCGUGAAAGCAGCCACCAGAGUGCAGGACUUCUUCGCAGCAGCCAAACUUCUCGCGCUCGGACUCAUCAUCAUCAUCGGCUUCGUCAAGAUCGGCCAAGGCGGAACGGACGAACUUCUCCCAGAGAAUUCCUUCAAGGGCUCCAAGUACGAGUUCGGCAACAUCGGCCUGGCGCUCUACAGCGGCCUGUUCGCCUACGGUGGCUGGAACUACUUGAACUUCGUCACAGAGGAGAUGAUUGAGCCUUACAAGAACCUUCCUCGAGCCAUCAUCAUCUCGCUGCCCAUCGUCACGGCCGUGUACGUCCUCACCAACCUGGCCUACUUCACCACGCUGUCCCCCGACAAGAUGCUGCACUCGGAGGCCGUGGCUGUGGAUUUCGGUAACGUCCACCUGGGCCCCAUGGCCUGGAUCAUCCCGGUGUUCGUCGGUCUGUCCUGCUUCGGCUCCGUCAACGGCUCCUUGUUCACGUCGUCCAGGUUGUUCUUUGUGGGAUCCCGGGAAGGUCACCUGCCCAGUCUGCUGUCCAUGAUCCACCCCACUCUGCUGACCCCACUGCCCUCACUCAUAUUCACUUGUUUGAUGACGCUGCUCUACGCCUUCUCCAACGACAUCUUCUCCGUCAUAAACUUCUUCAGCUUCUUCAACUGGCUCUGCAUCGCCAUGGCGAUCGUCGGGAUGAUGUGGCUGCGUUACAAGAAGCCCGAGCUGGAGCGGCCCAUCAAGGUGAACAUCCUGCUGCCGGUGAGCUUCGUCCUCGCCUGCCUCUUCCUCAUCAUCGUCUCCUUCUGGAAGACGCCGGUCGAGUGCGCCAUCGGCUUCGGCAUCAUCGGCACCGGCAUCCCCUUCUACCUGGUCGGCGUCUGGUGGAAGAACAAGCCCAAGUGGAUGCUGCACGGAAUCUUUUCGACCACAGCCUUGUGCCAGAAGAUGAUGGAGGUGGUUCCUCAGCAGUAGAAGUUGUAGAAGGCUCCGCCCCCCCACCCCAGCCAGCGGCCAAUCAGACAGCAGCAACAGCGACCUCUGGGCUCUGACAUCGCCGCGGACGAAGCCUGAACCUCUGAUGAACAGUUUCACCGACUCACCCUCACACACACACACACACACACACACACACACACACAUGAUCCGACACACACCCGUCUGCAGGGUGACGAUGAGGACCUGACGGAGGCGCCGCCGCCGCCGUCUGCUCCUGUUUCCUCUCCUUCUUUUUGUUACUGACAUUUCGGGGUUUGUUUUUUUUGACUAUUUUUUAGUCGGCACCAUUUGUAGUUUCCUGUUGUUUUUAUAUGUUUGUCUGAUGUUUUGUGUGGACGUUCAGGUGAAGUGACCCGCUCCCUCUCUCCCAUCAGAACCCUUGUCGUGUUUAGAAAGUCGUGCCUUACGUUGGCAUUAAUGAAUCCAUGAAGCUGUUCACGUCGAUGGACACUAAAUCCUGAGCAACCAGGAGCUGAGAGAAGCGACUUCUGACUACAGCAGCUCAACGUGUCGCUGCCGACGUCGUUCCACGUCUUCGCUGAUGUGACGAGUCAAACCUUUAGAGAUUUUUUAAAGCAAUCAGAUGGAUGCUGCUGCGUUUUUACCCUCAUGCAGGUGGUUACAUUAAGCCCAUUUCAUAUGACAUGUUUAUCUGAGUGUGCAGCCUACUGAUGCCAUCUGUGUAUGUUUCCACUUUAAAGAGCCCACAUUAUGCAAAUUCAUCUCCUGGAGCAUAUCAUGUGCUCUAAUGUUAGACAAAAAGCUCAUUACUUUCAUCAUACUGUAGCUCCUCGCUUCGUUUUCUCUGUCGUGAUCGCUGAAGCUAGCGUUUGCCCCGUUACUGCUAAUGCUAACGUGUCGCAUGGUGACGUAGAUGGAAUAAAAAAAGACUUUAAAUGAGGGCGGAUAGGAGCAGAGUUUUCCCUUUGGUGUGGAAAGCAUCUACAGAACACUAACUUAAACGUAAAAAAAAAAACAAAACAAUAGUGGCUCUUUAAAGCACCAAAGCAGAGGUGCAUGCUGGGAAACUGUAACUGAAGAGAAGUGGGUCAAAACUUUUUUUUUUUUUUUUCUUUCUGCUGUUGAUUAUUUUUCGGGUCGCUGAGCUUCGGGGGGAUCGAUACGCCAGCGUUCAGCGCUGCCAGACGAAGCUACGUCACGCCCAGAGAGUGGAAUACUUCAGCCGGUCUGCUGUUAAAAACGUAGACGGACGGAAAGGAAAGCUCCUGUUUAGUAGCGUUUGUUAGGAUGGUCACCGUCGGAGUCGGUCGGUGUCGGCGGGUGGGAGGUCAGAGGGGACGAGGGAGGGUCUUUUUUUAAAUUUUUCAUUUGGGAAGGAAGUGCAGAAGGAGCAAAGAUCACAGAAUGAACUGCUAGUGUUGUUUUUGUUUGUUUUUGUUUUGUUGUUGUUGUUUUUUUUUUUUACUUCACACAGUCAGCGACAACCAGAAGAAGUUUUUAGUGCUGUAUUAUUACUAUUAACGUCGUCCUCCCUCUCUGGCGAAUAAAAACAAAAACGAAAAAAAAAGGACCAAAAGCACACGUUGCCGUGGAUACGGGAGGGUGUACAGUGUGACUUCGUAGAGCUAGAAGCCUUUUUUUUUUCUAACACUCCAGCCGUCGCACAGGACCGACGGGGGAGGGAAACUAACCCGGAAAAUAGGACUGUAGAACGUUUAUUUAUUUAUUUUUUAGUCAACUUUGUUUGUUUAUUGUUAUUUAGUCCCUCUAAUUUGUUUACAGGGCAUUUUGUGAAGAAGUGCUUUACAAAUAAACCUUGAGUUUUUGUUUUUUUUCCA